AUGGAAGAAGAGGAAAGGGAUGCGCAAACCAAAAUUCAUGAGCUACCUACAAGAAGAGAUAAACAAUCUGACGACGGCAGUCGAAAAGCGCUGAGAAAUUUAGGAAAUGAAACGGCACAAUCGACAUAUAUCGAACACGUCAUCGAAGAGGAAAAAGGCGUCGCUGCAGAGGUCAAGGAAGAAGCCCUGAAAACGAAGAACAAUGGCGAUGGCGCCGCCGCAAAACUUGAGGAAGGAGCCUCGACAGUUGAAGAGGAGAAAAAAGUUGGAUAUGCGCAACUGGGCCGCGAAGCCAAAAUCAUUCAAAGUAAUCAGGACUAUAUCGAAGUAUUGGAGGUUAAAAUGCAAGACGCAUCGCUAUCUGAUGAAGUAGAUGAGGUCCAGGAACAGCCAGAGAUGGAAAUCAUGGAAGAGCCGGCCAGAGAGGAGCCGGAUGAGCCCUUGAUACCAGAAAAAGCUCGUCUGCCUGACGAAAGGCUCUUAGAUCUUACGCUGGAACUGGAGCUAAAUCAAAACCGACAGGCUAUUCGCGGAUUUGAUUUUGAUGCUGAAAAACUUGAAGAUCAGAAAACUUGCUGGGCCCGCAAAUACAAUAAAUACAAUGGCAAGUUCCAAGAGAACUUCGGAAGGAAUAUGUCGUGCGAGUUCUGCAGUGAAGUCGGAAACUAUUAA